AUGACCGAAAGUUGGGCCGCCCUCUUUGCCAGGACGACGGACUUUCACAACGAAAAGUCAUCCUCCCUGCAAUCCCUCGGGGCUACCUUUAUUCCCGUUCUCAUCUAUUCCGCCUUGUGCUUGCUCUUCUUCUGCUGCUUUCGCCGGAAAUGUGGUCGAGUCUAUGCUCCUCGGACAAUGCCCAGUCUGAGAUCACCACACCGGGCAACUCCAAUUCUCCCCGAUGGUUGGUUCAACUGGGUCGUACCCUUCUUCAAGAUCCCAGAUACCUUCAUCCUUAACCAUAGCUCCCUUGAUGGCUUCUUCUUUCUGCGCUACCUCAGGGUCUUGCGCAACAUCUUCCUCGUCGGCAUCUGCAUUACAUGGCCUAUCCUUUUUGCCGUCCACGUCACAGGCCACAACGGCGUCGAACAACUUGAUCUUUUGACCAUUGGCAACAUCAAGGACCCCAGGCGCAUGUGGGCACACGUCGUCGUCGCAUGGCUAUUCUUUGGCUUUGUCCUCUUCACUAUCAGCCGAGAGUGUAUCUACUACGUCGGCAUCCGCCAGGCCUUUCUCUCUUCACCUCACUAUGCCAAGCGUCUAUCAUCCAGAACCCUCCUGGUCACAUCCAUACCCGAACGCUAUCUCGACGAAGCUCGUAUCCGGAAGCUCUACGGCGACUCGGUUAAGCGCGUAUGGAUCCCCCGAACAGCAAAGGCCCUCAUCAAGCUCGUGGAAGAGAGGGAACAGACUGCACUACGACUGGAAAAGGCCGAGAUCACCCUCAUCAAAAAGGCCAACAUGGCCCGCAAGAAGCAGAUGAAAAUCCAACCACCGACCACUUCUUCUUCUGCCGAACCAUGCGCUGCACCCUCCAAUUCCUCCAUCAGGACAGAAACCGACAGCGAGCGGCCUCGAUCUAUGUCUCAGACCGACACACACGACUUGCUCGAAAAGUCGGCUGAAGAUCCCGAGUAUGUCCACCCGUACGGACUCAACCCAGACCUCCCCGAUGUCCGUGGAUCCGUGGCUGCACAGUGGAUUCCAGUCACAGUCCGGCCCCAUCACCGACCCCUUCACAACUUUUUUCGGCGUGUCGAUACCAUUCGGUGGUGCCGUAAGCGACUCAAGGAGCUCAACCUCGAGAUCUUCAAACUACGCCGUCAGGUUCGCCGAGGAGAUGGUACGACUCUGCCCGCCGCCUUUAUCGAGUUCGAUACUCAGGAGAGCGCCCAGGCCGCCCACCAAGUAGUGGCUCACCAUCGACCUUUGCAGCUCGCACCGCGUAUUUUGGGUGUCCGUCCCGAUGAAGUCGUCUGGAGCUCGCUGAGGAUGCGUUGGUGGGAACGAAUCAUUCGCCGAUUUCUUAUUAUGGGCCUGGUUACAACCGCCAUCAUCUUUUGGUCCAUUCCGUCCGCUUUUAUCGGUAUCAUCUCCAACAUCAAGUUCCUCACCACCAUUCCCUUCCUCACGUGGAUCAACCUACUGCCCGGUGCCGUUACUGGCUUUCUCCAGGGUUUCCUGCCCGCCAUCGCGCUGUCAUUCUGGAUGUCGUUGGUCCCUGCGAUGCUUAGAUUCUGCGGUAUCAGGGCUGGUAUUCCGUCUAUGGUGUUGGUCGAAUUGUUUACACAAGAGGUCUACUUUGCAUUCCAGAUCGUGCAGGUCUUUUUGAUCACGACUCUUACAUCGGCGGCCUCGGCAACCGUCAUGACCAUCAUCAAAGAGCCGUUGAAGACACCUGAUCUCCUCGCCGAGAAUCUCCCCAAGGCGUCCAACUUUUACCUUUCGUAUAUCCUCGUUCAGUGCCUGGCCAUUGGCGCAACUGGUCUGCUACAUAUCUUUGAACUAAUUCGGCAUUAUGCCUUUGCGAGACUCUCGCAGAUUCCGAGGGCUCGUUUCAAUGUCUGGUAUAAACUGCAGCCUCCUAAAUGGGGUGGUGUGUACCCUAUUUACACCAACAUGGCCGUCAUCGCCCUUUCUUACACAUGCAUUGCGCCUCUAAUCCUCAUCUUUGCCUGUGCCGGAAUGACAUUUGUGCGCAUCAUUUAUCGAUACAACAUUCUCUACGUCUUCGACUCGGAGAUGGACAGCCUGGGUUUGUUUUAUCCGAACGCCCUGAUCCAUCUCAUCGUCGGAUUGUACUUGGCCGAGAUCUGCAUGAUUGGACUCUUCGCCCUCAAGUUGGCGUUCCCGCCCAUGGUCAUGAUGCUCAUCUUCCUCAUCAUCACCGGCCUUGUUCAUCUAUCCCUCCGCGAUUCGAUCUCGCCGCUACUCAAGAAUCUCCCGCAGACGCUGUCAUUGGAGGAGGAGCUGCAGCAGGAAGAGAAGGCGGCGGCAGAGGCCAAACUACAAGAGGCUGCCGAGACAGGCCAGGCCGAGCAGAACUUUGGCGAAGAAGAGAUGGAAGACGCCCCGAGCGAGGACGAGGACGACCAUACACACGAGGGACCCCAAAGCUCAAGAGCAGUUGAAGGAGCAGGUGGCCUCAAGUUGCUGACGGCCGAAUGGAUCAAGUCAAUGACAAAGGAGAAGUUAAAGUCGGAGGCGGAACAGGCUGAGCAGGGUCCCGUCAUGAAGUUUCUAAACAAGUGGAUUCUGCCUCCGACGUUUAUGAAGCGAUUCUUCCACCCCGAGAUUUACGAAGACUUUAUCGCCCUGCGAAAGCUGAUUCACGUCGAUGAUCAGCCCGAGUUUGACUACGAGGUGGACGAAAAGCUGUCCAACUAUUGGCCACCCGAGCUCUGGAGGCCCAAACCUGUGUUGUGGAUCCCACGAGAUGACGCCCGCGUUAGUCGACAAGAGGUGGCACACACGAGAAAGAUUACACCCAUCACGGACGUGGGCGUGGGUUUGAAUGAAAAGGGACUGGUUGUGGUGGAUGUCGAGGCAGCGCCGUUCCCAAGGCUGAGGCUGCUGCACUAA